UCUCACACUCUCGCGUUCCUCAUCGCAAAGUUGAACAGUUUUGCUCGCGCAGGGACGGAAAGAAGCCACGCACGUCUCUUUGCGGUGCCUCUUCCUCAUCCUCAUCCUCAACCAAAAGCAACUCGGGACGCAUCUUAGUGUAAAUCGUCGGGAGGGUGAUGCAGUUCGUCCCGCAUGAGUAACAUGAAGUUUCUCGGUUGCGUGUAGCUGCGCUUCAGCGCGUAUGAGACCUCUCCGCUGUGUACAUGCGCGUGCGUGUGUGUAUGUAUGUUUGUGCGUGCGUGCAUGUGUGCGUGUGUGUCCUUUCUUUUUGUUGUUGUUGUUGUUGUUGUUGUUUUUGUUUUCCCCCCAUCACCCGACUUCUUCGACAUUUCAGCUCUUAAAAUGAUGUGUGACUUUUUGAAUUGCACGCAAAUGCUUUAAAAGGCAGAGCAAGCAGAGAGCUCGGCAGAGAGUCUCUCAGUUCUGUAAAGGAGGGGAGGGUUUGUUGUGCUCUUGCUCCACCAGCAGCCUUCUCUCUGCCGCUUUAAUCGGCUCUGCGGUAGAAUUCUGAGCGUACAGAUUUAAAAAAAAGAAAAAAAGAAAGAAAGAAAGAAAGAAAGAAAGAAACAGCUUGAUCCUAUUGAAGAAGAAAGAACAGAACAACAACAACAACAGCAGCAACAAGAAGGAGAAGAGGGACGCAGAAACCAUGAAGAAGUUCAGGAAGGUGUUGGACGGUCUGACCACGUCGUCUCCGGUCAGUGCUGGAGGCUCUCCAUCGUGCGGCAGCGCUGCUGGAACUCCCACUGCAGCAGCGACUCCGCGCGAGCUGGACAUUCAGGAGACCCUGAUGGCGGAGCACUUCCACAUCUGUAAGACCGUCCGUCAUGGCUUCCCGUACCAGCCCACGGCUAUAGCGUUCGACCCCGUGCAGAGGAUUCUGGCUAUCGGGUCUCGUUCCGGAGGAGUCCGCAUUCUGGGACGGCCAGGAGUGGACUGCUAUUGUCAGCAUGAGAGCGGAGCGGCUGUACUGCAGCUACAGUUCCUUAUUAAUGAGGGAGCAUUGGUCACAGCCUGUGCAGACGAUACGCUUCACCUCUGGAACCUUCGGCAGAGACGUCCAGCAAUACUGCACUCGCUUAAAUUCAACAGAGAGAGGAUCACAUUUUGCCAUCUUCCAUUCCAGAGUAAAUGGCUGUAUGUCGGAACAGAGCGGGGAAACACACACAUUGUCAACGUCGAGUCGUUUAUUUUGUCCGGCUACGUCAUUAUGUGGAACAAGGCCAUAGAAUUAUCAACAAAGACACACCCAGGGCCUGUUGUCCACCUGAGUGACAGCCCAAAAGAUGAAGGGAAGCUGCUGAUUGGCUUCGAGAGUGGCACUAUAGUGAUGUGGGACUUGCGAUCAAAAAGAGCUGACUUCAGGAUUUACUAUGAUGAGGCAAUUCACUCCGUUAGCUGGCAUCAUGAAGGACGGCAGUUCAUGUGCAGUCACUCCGACGGAAGUCUCUCCAUGUGGAACCUGAGAAACACAGCCAAACCCUUCCAAGUCACCUUUCCUCACGGUAAAUCUCAGCGAGACGGCAGAAAAGAAUCAUGUAAGCCAAUUCUCAAGGUGGAGUACAAGACCUGCAGGAACAGUGAGCCAUUUGUCAUCUUCUCAGGAGGUCUGUCAUAUGAUCAAGCAGGCAGAAGACCCACUCUAACCAUCAUGCAUGGCAAAGCCAUCACAGUGCUGGAAAUGGACCAUCCUAUAGUGGAGUUCCUCGUGCUCUGCGAGACACCCUAUCUCAAUGAGGUGCAGGAGCCAUAUGCGGUGGUUGUGUUACUGGAAAAGGAUUUCAUCGUGGUCGAUCUGACACAGAGCAAUUUCCCUAUUUUUGAGAACCCCUACCCCAUGGACAUCCAUGAGUCUCCAGUCACGUGCACAGCUUAUUUUGCCGACUGUCCCCCUGACAUCAUCCCUGUGCUGUACUCUAUAGGAGCGAAACACAAAAAGACUGGCUACAGUCACAAGGAGUGGCCAGUGAGUGGAGGUACUUGGACACUUGGUUCUCAAACAUAUCCUGAGAUCAUUAUCACAGGACAUGCAGACGGAUCGAUAAAGUUUUGGGACGCCACAGCCAUCACGCUGCAGAUGCUUUACAAGCUGAAGACGUCUAAGGUGUUUGAGAAGGUGAAGGGCAGCGAGGGGGGCCGCAGUGCCGAGCUGGUGGAGGAAGAUCCCUACGCAGUGCAGAUGGUCAGCUGGUGUCCCCAAAGCCGCAUCUUCUGUGUGGUGGGCAUCAGUGCCCAUGUCAUAUUGUUCCGCUUCAGCAAGCAUGACGCAAACACUACUAUCACGGCCCUGGAGGUGCGCCUGCAGUGUGACAUGGAGGAUGUAAUCUCACCAUCCGACACAGAAAACGCGGUGUGUGUGACUGACGUGGGCACUCACUCUCCACAGCCACCCAGCCCGCGCAGUAACACCCCGGAUAGUGUGAGAGACAGCAUCCCCUGCCUAAAGGUAAAAGAUCGCAUGGUCUGGAUGCCCCCUGGUUACCAGGCUAAUCUUGUUAUCCAGUUGCUAUGGGUUGACGGAGAGCCACCUCAGCAAAUCACCAGCCUGGAUAUAAACUCCGCCUACGGCCUGUUAGCUCUAGGUAACUGUAACGGUCUGGCAGUGGUGGAUUAUCUGCAGAAGACAGUGGUAGUGUGUAUGAGCACUCUGGAGCUGUACGGCUCGGCUGACCCCUUCCAACGCCUCACGCGUUCCCCCCGCAAGAACCGCCAGUCCACCUCAGACUUUUGCAUGCGUGGCCUGUCUAACUUUUAUUCAGAUUCAAAGAAACGGAUCCGUACCUCCUACCAGAGCCUUACCGAACUUUCCGAUAACCAGGUAUCUUUGGAUCUGGAAAGGAGCAAAUCACCCACCUCAGUGCCCUACUCCUCCUACGUACACAAUGAGCCUCGGGGCACGCCGGAGCCCGUGUCCAAUCUACGUGCCAGCCAUUACAGUCCGGUCUUUUACCUGUUGGACAAUGUAAAGGGACCAGGCAGAAAGUUAAGUCUACCCACUGAUCUUAAGAGUGAUCUUGAUCAUGUGAAUGGACAUUGCACUAGUCCAACUUCUCAGCCAUGUGUGUCUGGGAGGCCCCGUGCUCCAGGGGCCCCUGAGGGGCCUCGUCUCACCCGCCGUGGGCCCGGACGACCGCCAUUCCGCAAGGCCCAGUCAGCCGCAUGCAUGGAGGUCUCUUUGCCUGUGUCCUCCCUCACCGAAGGUUACCCGUCCAGACGGGCCAUGCUGCAGCAGCUGCAUGGUGUCAGUAUGUACUCACACGAUGAGCACCACACCACCACCUACUCCUGGACCGAGAGAGAGAGUCGGGAGAAUUCGUUUAGCCGAUCACGUAGUUCCAGCGUCUCAAGUAUAGACAGAGACACCAAAGAGGCCGUGACCACGCUGCAGUUUGCGGAGUCAUACGGCCGUAAGUCAGAUGCCCUGCCCACUCCAUGCCUAUGGGUGGGCACCAGCUUGGGACUUGUUCUGGUGCUGCCCUUGUCCAUUGCCACUGAUGAACAGGAGAGGCUGGAGGAACCUGUCACGGUUGCACCCACCAGCACAGUCUUAAUGCUCAAAGGUUCAGUCCUGCGUUUCAGUUUUCUGGACUGCACUGGCGCUCUGAUCCACAGUGCACACGAGGUGUGGAGAGAUCCGCAUGGCGCCGAGGACCCUGAUCGGCCCCGCAGGAGAAAACUGGUCAACUUUUCACCCUGUUCCUCGCAGGAAGCCAGCGGCGAGGGCCACCUGGCUGUGGUGUGCUCUGAACGCCAAGCCAAGGUCUUCCUCAUGCCCUCACAGGCCUGCCUCUACGUGCACAACAUCACAGAGUCAUCAUUCGUGCUGCGUGCUGACGUAGUGGCCGUCUCUAACAGCGUGUGCCUGGCCUGCUUCUGUGCCAACGGACAUGUCAUGAUCCUCAGCCUGCCAAGUUUACGGCCGCUGUUGGAUGUCCACUACCUGCCGCUAACAGACAUACGCAUUGCUAGAACAUUCUGCUUCACCAACGGCGGUCAGGCCCUCUACCUGAGCUCUCCAACAGAAAUACAACGCAUCACCUACAGUCAGGAAAUGUCUGAUAAUUUGCAGGAGAUGCUAGGCGAGCUUUUCACACCCACCGAGACCCCAGAAGCACAGAACCGAGGCUUCCUGAAGGGAUUUUUCGGGGGCAACGCACAGACCUUUGACCGAGAAGAGCUCUUCGGUGAGGCAGCAGCGGGGAAGGCUUCUCGAAGUCUGGCCCAGCAUAUACCCGGUCAGGGCAGCGUGGAGGCCGUACGGAUAGCAGCUGGCGGGGCAGUGGGUGAUCUUGCCCGAGCUCGGAUUGCCCUGGAUGAGAGAGGACAGAGAUUAGGAGAGCUGGAGGAGAGGACAGCUCACAUGAUGGCCAGCGCUGAGACGUUCUCCAAACACGCUCAUGAGCUUAUGCUGAAAUGCAAAGACAAGAAGUGGUAUCAGUUUUAAAACGAGUCAGCCUGGAUGCUCGCCAACCACAAGAGGGCACUCCUCUGGAACAUGGACCUUCAAUUUUUUCAAAGAAAGCUUAAGAGGUGCUUAGGGCUGUUCCUUCUCUUUGGGGCUGUGUAUACAGGACUAUACUUCUUAUUCAGACUGGUUUGACAGACUGAAGACAAUAACUGAUGGACAGGUACCAUUAGCGUUAAUAACUUGGGGUGGUUCCUUCCCUCAUACGUUAUGGAUUAGACCAUCCUUCAUUCAUGUACAGGGGUGUGGGGUCUUCUUACAGGAGGAAGAAGUUAUUAUUUAAAAAGAAAAACAUAAAAAAACAACAAGACUGCAUGAAUCAAAAAUGGAUGAUCUAUAAAAACAUAAAACUGCCAUAUUCAAAAGCAGCAUGUUACUUUAAAACAAAGGGAAAUAAAAGAAUAACAUACUUUUAUUUAAUAAUAUAAGCCAAUACCAGAAUCCUAUGACAAAAACUUUAUAUUUUUUGAAAUAGCGAUAAAAUAUAAAUAAAAAAGGAAAACUGUAUACUUGCGUUGCUAUAAGGCCAAAAUUCUGUUUUUUUAAUUGCUCCAUACUAUUUCUUUUACAAUAAUGUAUUAUUUACAAAUUUCCACCGCUCUGUCAUACCAUCAGUUAUUCACGCAAUGUUUUCCACUGUUGUGUUCUGAUUACAGACAUGAAAAACUAUUUGAAAACUACAGUACCACAGUGCAGAACACACAAACUACGCUCACUAACAUUAUCUCACAUGUAACAUCACUUCACCUCACAGCACUUUCAAGACAAUAUAUCGUACAGUAUAUGAAGUAGCUGCUAACACAUGAUCGUCCCUUGAAUAACAGCUUUACUACUAAAAUCGAGUUACUUCACCCUCUCCUAGAAAUGUAUGAUGUGGUUUUAGACGUAUAAGCGAGAAGUAAGCUGUACUGGGCAAUAUGUGCUAUGAGUGUAUCCGUGUGGUCUUAUUUGGGUGUGUUGCUAUUCAUAAAGCCAAUGUAAUAAUACAUGUGCCAUAUUCUAGAUGGGUGAAGUAUCUUUCCUGUAAACUAGCGAUGAACUUAUUCUGUCCGUGGUUGAUAUUCGAAGCUGUUACCUGUAGAUUAAUCUCAUUCAAAGAGUUCUCCUGAUCAUCUUGUGUCUGUUACGGUACACUACAGUUUCAAAUGUUUGUUCCUUUAAUUGGGUGCGAUUUAACUUAGAAUUUUCUGACGACCUGUUAGGUCGUUUCGUUUGUUUGUUUGUUUCCUGGACUUUUCUGGAGAGUCAGAGAGAGAGAUGUACCUCAGUCUAAAGAUAUCGUACGGGAAUACCGUUGCCAAAUCCAUGAAGCUUGAACAGGAAGUCUGUCAGUAGUUUGAGGGCAGAGCAUUGUGUAUUUGUCUCUUCUGAUUUGAAUGUGUACAUGUAAAGGUGGCGAAGACUGAGCCAUCGGGAUACUACAUGAAAAUUCGUGCUCUCUGAGCAGUGUCUUUAAUAUGUAUGUAAGAAAGUGUUGUGGGAAGCAUAGAGAGCCUUGCACAAUAAGGCAAUCUUGCUCACACAAGUAUUCGCCUACUUAUGAGCGAAAUUAUUCUGAAUCUCAUUUUAAAUGAAACAUUAAAUGUAUUUGGUUUAAUGCGCUCUUUGGCCUGUUGUGCUUGUAUAAGACAUUUUGUUUAUCUUUUAUGCUUUCCAAAAAUCCAAUCCCACCUCUCUUCAUGUCUCCUGCACUUCCACUCUGUAUAUAAAAUGGACGAAGCGUUCAUACCUGCAAUGUCCAAGUCAAAAUCAGAUAAGUAUUUCAUCUCUGCUGAGGCUGUACACAAAGCAAAACCUGUUAUCGAAAUAUUAUAUAUUCAAGGACAAUUUAGUCAAAAAAAAAGAAAAAAGAAAAAAAAGAAAUCACCCACACACACACACAAAUAAAAGCUAGCAUGGCUGAGAAAUUUAUCAAGGGCAUGAAAGCCAGCAGUUAGAUUUAACUAUCCCUUUAAAAGUUUUUAAAUGUUGGAGUGAGCUGCUCCAAACUUAAUAUAAUACAUCAGUGUUAACCAAGUAAACACACAUGCCCAUGUUAAUAGCCAUGUCAUCCUAUAGAAAAAUCACAGCUAUGACCGUCCGUCAUUUUAAUGCUAAAAGAAAGUGCAUAUAGCUAAUAAAGAUUUGCGGCGGUCAGAGUACUCGAUCCUUAUCAUGUUUGUUUUUAACAGCAAAAAAAAAAAAAAAAAAAAUACAGGGUGUUAUGUUUCUAUGUUCUCAGCUUUUAUACUAAAAAUGUACAGUUGAACCUGAAGAGAGUUGGGAGAAAUGUCAUACUAUGAACUCAUGUGAUUUCUUCUGUAAAUGUUUUACCUGUUGAAAGAUGGUACUGCGUCGAAAGUUCUGAAUGUAGUUCUCUAGUCCUCCCUCUGUCCCAAACUCUGAACCGCUCUUCUCUCCAGAGAAUGCGGCACCAUCCGUCUUGUUUAAAUGGAUACUACCACUUUUUUGUUCUUAUCAAUAUUACAGUAGUAUUAUAGAGGUUACUGGAAUUAAAAGAAAAAUCAUGAAUCAUAUGUUGAUGCUAAUCAAAUUGAAAUAAACAUUAAUUGAUGUACUCAUGGCAACGUGAGAUUAAUUUGUUUCUGACACGAUAUGUUUUGUUUAAAUUAAAAAUCUAAUUAAAUAUUGGAAAUUUGUGUCAUUGAUUGUCAGGGUUAUUAUUUGUGUGU